UUUCUGUUUGUAUGUUGAUGUCGGAAGGGAGCGAAUAUAAAUGAGAAUUAAAAUCAGCUGGUUAAAAAAAAAUGUAAAGUUGAAAGAAAUGCCCAUGGAAAAAAGUUCAUUGAAUAAAAGAGUGUCUUAAUGCAAUAAAUUUUACAUUUAAUAACGUUUUUGGUUAUGUUACUUGUAUGUGUUAAAUUUAUAUCGAUUUUAAUGGUUAAAAUUACAUGAUUGUGCUGCAAAUACAUAGGAAAAUGGUUCGAGCACUACAUAAAUGUAUGAUUUCAAAAAUCUUCAAAAACCGUAUCCCGGUGAUGCUGACUUUCAUCGUGAUUCUGAUCCUCAGUUUUGCCAUUGUCUUGUAAUACGGAAGAUACAUCCAUUUUUACCUUCGGUUACCAGUACAGUAUGUAAUACCCCUCUCCAAAUUCAAACCCGGAGACAAAAAUUAUUAAUAUGCAACGGUGCGAAGAAUUCUCCACCUACGCCGCAUAGAAUCGAACUUAGGAAUGACGAAUUCGAUCCAAAGAAGAUAAUCUUCGAACCAUCCGCUCCCAAAUGUAGGAAAAAAUUAUUAAACGGAACUGUACUUAACAAUCAUAACGAGAUCAAGCAUCAAACUAAAGACAAACCGAAGGGGAACCAUAAACUCACAGAAUAUUUUACGAUCAGAAGAUCUGCGAGGAAAACGAAGACCACAGUUUUGGAAGAAAAGCAGCUGGCCCUGGAGCGCUUGGUUAAAGAUGAAGUUGAAGAUGGUUUGGAGGUUAGAUAUUUCAAAGACAAGGGAAGGGGAGUAGUGGCGGCCAAACAUUUCUUCAAAGGGGACUUCGUCGUCGAAUACAGCGGUGAACUGGUCGACAUACUGGAAGCGAAACAGAGGGAAGCCACUUACGCGCAGAAUGAGAACGCAGGUUGUUAUAUGUAUUACUUUAGGUACAACGACCAACAGUACUGUAUCGACGCCACCGCAGAGAGCGGUAAGUUAGGUAGGCUCGUGAAUCACUCCAGGAACGGCAAUCUCAUAACGAAAACCAUGAUGAUCGACAAGAAACCAAGACUGAUACUCGUCGCCAAAGAGGAUAUUAAAAUUGGCGAGGAGAUCCUAUACGACUAUGGCGAUCGGUCAAAGGAGUCCCUAAAGUAUCAUCCAUGGUUGGCAUAUUGAAAACUUCUUUUCCGUUCUGGUGUUAGUACGUAUAGUAAAAAUCUAAUCGAAAUUUGAAAUUCGAACAUUUACGUUGCCCCUAAAGAGAAUCGAAUAAACGACUGCUUUAAGGGAAAUAAUAACGCGCUUUUAAAUUUGUACGUGGUGUCCUUCUAAGAAUAGCUGAAUGGCCAAACUGCAAUUGCUGCAAUUUAUUUGCAAGUUCCUAAAACGGACGCUAGGGGGUGCACUAAUGCGAAUAUAGAAUCAUAAUAUUGUCCAUUUUUUCACAAAAUUUUAAACGCAUAUUUCUAAUACAUCUUCCCUAUCGAAAAUUUUGUCAAAGUCCCAUUUCCUUAUUGGUAUUGGAAGUUGCGCCCUCUAACGGCCGUGUUAAGACCUCUCUCUUGGUCCUUUGGGUAUUUUUUUCGCGCUUUGGUACUUUGAUACAGAAGUCGUUUUAAUUUGUGACUAAUAAGGGAUGCUUGACAUAAGACCCUUAUUUAAACAAUUAUAUAGCCCAGAGCAUAGAUUAAAUAGACCUAGACUGAUAUUGCUUAUGGAGGGGAGGAUUUGAAUAAUAUGCUUGUAAUUUGUUUAAUAAUAGGUAAUAGUGUAUCAAAUAAUUUGUAAAUAUGCCUGCAGGGCAUCAACAUGAUUUUAGUUCAAAUACGUAAAUUGACUAGCGACAUCUCUUUGUUUGCGUCGAAAUCACAGGCCAAUUACAUUCUAUUUUACAUUUUUGUUUAGUUAAUGUCCAAACGAAAAGUGCCUGGGUGGAGUAUAGCGGUCCAAAUUGGACGAUUUUAAAGGGAAAUUGUCAUUUCUAAGGACGUAGACGAAAACUAAUUUUAUUAGUUAUCAACCGAAAAAUCUAGUUUUUUUAAAUUGGACACUGUAUAUUUUUGGGUAAUAGAAAAUAACUUAAAAUUACCGAUGCUAAAAUGUUGCAUACUUGAUUUUUUGUCUAGUUUUCUCGGAAAAAAGGGAAGUUUUGAACUUUAAACAAGUAGGCUUUGGCACUAUUUGACAACUACCAGUGUGCAUUGUUUAUUAUGGCCGCCCCGUCCAAAGCUUCCUUGUUCAAACUGGUAAAGAACUCAAUAUUUUAAAUAAGAUUCGAGCAAAAUAUCAAGUAUUGUAUAUUUUUGAAAAGGUAAUUUCAAGUUCUAUUCAAUGAGUCAUUAAAA